AUUAAAAAAAAUUAAAUUAACAAAAAAGUAGUUUCUACCGGUGGCGACACUGUGCGUUGACGUUCCCAAAUGCCGUAACCUCAAAAAAUGCGUGUUGUUUAUUUAGUCCGUUCAUUAUGUCCGAAGAGGUGAUUUUCACCUUAUUUUACCUAAUUUUAAGCUUCUGUAUUAUCUACCCCCCUGUCGAGUUCGUGUCUGCCGGCUUCACCAUCCCUGCGCUCUUCAGCCGAGUGUUGGGCUCCGAGGACGAAAACUUCGUAAGUUACCACAUAAAGCGCACAAUCGUAACAUUGGGGGUGUAUUCACUGUUGCCUUUGGGGUACAUCACCGCCCUCUUUGCCUCGGAGUAUUUCCAAGACGUUAGUUCUUUGAUAAUCGACGGUUCUCUCUUUUGGAAAGCGUUUUUCACGACCAGUCUGGCGUUGCCAAUUUUGGCGCUCUAUCAGAUUAGGAACUGGAUAAUCGACGAUUUUAAACACCACCCGAUCGCGGUCAAUUUGGCCAAGUUUUGCAACAAUAAUAACAGGGAUUGGAAAAGUGUCGCCGGUGACAUCAACACCGAAUUUAGACGCGUUGAUAAAAUCUGCGUCCAAACGAGCUCGGUGAUUAAAGUGAUAGCCACCGAAAAUUGGAUUUUGAAAGUGAAACCCUUUACGAUUUCACUGGCGCAUCAAAGCGACGCCAGUUUAGUGGUCCAGAAAGCUGACACGCACCGGAUUUCGCUCCAAACGACCAACGAAACGCAAUACUUAAACAUCGAAGUUAAGUCGGCCCGAGUCGGUGUCGAGACGUUUAUUAUCCGCAUUAAUGCCUCGGAUUUCAAGGACUUGGAAGACAGAAUAGCGAGAGAUAUCACCAUUUUGCCCAACGUCAAGUUCCAUAAAUCUGUGACCGAGCAAUUCGUUGACGUCUUCAAGGAGACUAUUAAAAAUAACGCGCGCUACGAGACUAGAGAGGAGCUGGACCAAUGUAUUGGGUGCAUGCAGACGCGCCCCAGCGUCAAGUUGCAGAAGCUGUGUGGGGAUAACGCGGGCGGGAAUGAGGGCUGUACGACUUGCUAUUGCAAGCCGAUGUGGUGUGUUGAUUGCAUGGCGAAAUGGUUCGCUUCGAGACAGGAGAGCGACCAGCAGAGUACGUGGCUGUCGUCCAAGUGCACGUGUCCGAUGUGCAGGGCGAAGUUUUGCAUUUUAGAUGUGUCGCUACUUGAGAGUAUCGACGUUGAGGAAUAAAUUGUUGCUUAAUUUUAACUGUAUUAUUUCUUGAUAAGGUUUUAUCUGGAGUUGCCUGAACGAGAUUGCUAAUUUGGAAAAUAAAAAUUUAUUUUUAAA